AUGAACAAGCUCCCCGAAGACCGUCCUGCAUUCCUACUUGAUCUGGAUAGAUGGACCAUACGCCGAUUCGACGACUGCUGGAAAGAUUUCCGCUCUGAUCUACGAAGCAAAGGAUUUGGUGCCAUCUCGUAUGCUUGGGGUAGAUGGAAAGACCGGACCCGGUUUGCCAGAAACGGUCCCGAUCCAGAUGAUGAUCGAUAUCCCGCGUUUGAUAUUGGUCACGAUGCCAAGAAUCAACCACUGUCGUGGGUGUUCCCUAUCGCCAUUAAAGCCCCCGGGCAGACAGAGGAGCAAUUCACCGUUGCCGAUGCGCGCAAGGCUCUUGGAACUCUUGGGUUGAGGUUUGUGUGGUGGGACUGGGCGUGUAUUCCUCAGGGGUUUGUCCAACCUCCCGACCCGAGCAAGGCGCAGUAUCAGAUUCAUCCGGAGCUUCUGCCCGUUUUGGACCAGGAAAUGAACAAAAUGCGCUAUGUCUAUCCCAACUCCAAGCGUGGUCUUAUCUGGGCGCACAACGGAGAAUGGGGUCAAAAUGGUCCGUUAGAGCAGGCUAUCCAGGCGUGCUGCAAUUUUCCCUUGUACCCCAGCCUGACCAGAACGGUGGUGGAAGUGGAGGACGUGGUGGCUAAGCUCGAGGCCGCCAACCUUUCCGAGCAAUGGCUUCAAUCCCUUUGGUGUUUCCAGGAAGGUGUGCUGUUCAGCCAUCCCAAUCGUCAUGCAGAUCCUCCGCCCGCGGUGUUUCUGGACCGCUAUGCCAGGCCGUUGGAUGUCACUUCGAUUCGAGGCCAAGCGGAUCUUGCGGAUUUGAUCUUGGUGGCCUCGUCAAUUGCAAGUACCAUUGUUUUUUAUCUUCGUCGACAAGCUGAAGAUCCGCAAGAAGAUCCCUUUGAAAAUUUCCCGGCCCCCCGAGACAAACGGUCUUUGUACUUUAAACCGUGGUGUUUUGACGCAGCUUACCAUGUUGACGCGCGCCAAAUGAUGGAUCGUGUCGUUCGAACGGGACUGGUGUUUUACACUGCCCAAAGUCCUCUAUCCCUAUUGAAUGCUCGAUGGAACCGUGAACGGGGCCAGUAUUCGCAGUUGGCUGAUAUCGAAGUCAACACCAUCAUAGGUGCCUUGGAAGUUGACAUUGCCAUAUACCAACAGCAGGCCAGCGCUUUGCCAGAAAGUGACAGGCUUGCCGUUCAUCGCGAGGGAAUGCUUUGUGAAAUCUUCAAGAUCUACCAGUGGCGAAUGCUGCUGUUCGCAACAGCCAUGCGUCAACCCAGUACCACCAUGAAACCGGUCUGGCCAAGUCUGGUCGAAGUCCGAAAUAAAACCCAAAAGAUACCCACUUUCACCUCUCUGGAGUAUUUCCUCUCGUCUGUUCAUUUGGCGCAACGCUUCAAGCCACCUCCACCACGAUAUGUGGGUGAACCGGCACCCGCGCCGCCUCCCAUCCCAGCGAAUCAAUUUGCGUUGCCAACCUUGGAGUAUUCGCGAGAUCAUCAGUACUUGAUCAUGCAUGGUCUGUCGGGGUUCCGAAUGUUUGAUCUGCAGAACUAUACAAAUGAUAACCCCCUGUGGAUAAAGUGCAUGUUCUACACGUAUGAGGGAAACAGUGCAGGGCAUGGCAUUUUCGCCCCAGGGUUCAUGACGGUCCCCUUUGAGGAAUGGACCAAAGCGUUUCAGACCACGGUGGUGCUAGUGCCAGUCGAGCAUUUGCCAGGAAAAGGUCCCGACAUGAUGCCGUGGGAAAAAAAGAACCGUCUACGGUGUGUGGUUUUGAACAACUUCGGUUCCCCGGCGGCGUUGAAGUACCCUUCAAACACUGUUUCCAAGCUUGCAGGGACGUUUGUGGGCAUAGUGGAUAUUGAAGGUGCUCCCUCUCUGGAAGAUGGGACCCUAGAGUUGACGGACGAUGUUGCGAUUUUCUGA